CAGUGGAGGGAGAGGAGGACCCAUCCUAAUUAUUCCCCAUUUCACAGAAACAGUAAUGCCCAGUCCUGUGCCUGUCACUCAGAAGUAAGCCCCAGCAGUAACUGAUUUGGUAAUCAGGGUGACAGAGUCUUCUCUUCUUCAGGACCAUGUGGGAUCCUAAUGCAGGCCAGUCAGGUGCCUACCCUGGAGCAGCAUAUCCUCUCAACCCUUCUUACCCAUCUGGCUUCAACCCAGCACACCCUCCUCCUGUGAAUCCUGCCUUCCCCCCAGGCCCUGUACCUCCUGGCUCCUACCCUGCUCCCCCAGGAGGGAUCCCUGGGCAACCUGCAUACCCACCAGGGCACCCAGUUCAGCCUCCCUAUCCUGGGCAUCAACCUGGUUAUCCUGUCCCACCUGGUGGUCCUUACCCUCCUCCUGCCCCUGGCAUGCCUGGAGGAAUGGGGGUUAAUCCUUUGCUGCCUGGGGGUGUUGCCAUGGGUACCCAUGGGAUGGAUAAGAAGGCUGCCAAGAAGAUGAAGAAGAAAAUGAAGAAGGCUCACAAGAUGCACAAACCCCACAAGCUCCAUAAGCUGCAUGGGAAGCAUUCCUCCUCCUCCUCCAGCAGCAGUGACUCUGACUGAGGCCUCCUCCUACUUCCAAGCUGCAUCCUUUCCUCACAAACACCUAUCCUUGCACUGCUCUUCCUACCUCCCACUCAAAUCUACUGAACUGUCACCGAAUAAAAAUGACACCUGCUUGCUGCCUUGCAGAGUUGGGCCAAACGUCAAGCUUAUCCCAGUGGCCUGUGGACUUUCCUACAAAUCCUGAUGGGCACUUUGGUGUCGCUGACUGACCAGGGAUGAUGUGAUUGACUGCUGCGCCUUAACAAGUUAGAGUGGAAGGCCACUAACAGCCACAUUAAAGAGACAGCUCAUCUGCAAAUAUAGCAGCACUCUUUACCCUCCUGUAAUGCAAACUUUUUAUCCGUAGAGCCAAUUAAGAAGCUCCUCACUACCCCUGGAGCUUUCUGAAAGGCUACAGGCAGCUGGGGUCCAGAAGAAUAUUCACUUUAAGCUGUAGUUAUGUUUUCAGGAUGAUGGAUCUAAGUGCUAUUAAAAAUUAUUUGCACUCUUCUCUCUUCCCAUUUAAAGGGUUCUUGUCUUUUCCAUGUUGCCUGGGCACUAGGAAAGAGGCCGCUUCAUAUUUGAAUUUUAUUUGGAAAGUGCAUGUUGCUUAUUUAGAAUAAGUGUUGUAAGAUGACAAAAUAUGCUUUAUUGGGAAUGAUCUUUAUAUAAUCUUUGAAGAACAUACACUGUAGCGACUUCAUAUUGCAACUUAGGGACAUCUUUUGCUUUAGUGAAAUGAAAGACAGAUGUUUGGGAUCCAUCCUAGAAUGCCUAAAUUCUUAACACUGCAUUUGUGGGCACAAUUUUGGUUGGCUCACAGUUGGGUAUCUGAUCUAAGGUGUUUAAGAGUCUCUAAAUGAUACCAGAAUAGGGUUGUGUGGUCAUAAAUGCACUCUUUCAUAUCACAUGCUCCAAACCAUUGCAUCAGGAGGAAGCAUGUUAUUUCUGUUUAACCCAAGUUUGCUGCUAGUGCCUUGUAGAAAAAGGGCUGCUUGGAUAAUAUUCAGAUGUGCUUAUAGAAUAAAAGGAGCAAGUUAGUCAGCCAGUUAAGAAGUGUAUGCAUUACAGGAAUGAGUAACUGUUUGCCCCAAAUGUGUUGGGCUACAACUUCUACAAUGCUCCUUGGGGCUGAUGGGAGUUCCAGGCCAAAAUGAUCUGGACAGGUCAAAGGUUUGCCAAUCUUUGAUUAUCUGCCCUAGCUUUAUUAAGACCGUGUUGGCUAAAGUAAAAGAAGGCUUCUAAGAAGUACGAUUCUGCUAUUUUGUGCUCCUUGGGGAAAGGAUAUUGAAUCCAAAGCGGACCAUGUCUUGUUACGAGUGUAUAUGUCCUAUGUCAAAUUCUUCCCCCCUCUCUACCACACAGAAACUGGCAAUAGAAGCAGCAUGUCCAUUUUUACCUGCCCUGUAUUUGUUUCUUGUCUCUCAGUAAAAGAUUUUAAUAUUAAUACUCA